GUAACAGAAACAUGUGUGCCUAAGAAGAAUGCACACAAAGUUUGUAACGAGUGUCAUCAUUCCCAGGGCCAAACUCUAACCCUUUCAUUUCACAUUGUAAUCGCCAAAUUUCGGAGAUCCAUUGAUUGCAUUGCACACAAUACCACCACCCUCUCUGCUCUUUCUAUUUCUCGUUGAUAGAUUGGUGUAAAGGGAGACAUGGGAAGGCUUUUCUUGAUCAACCUUGAAGGAAACUUCUAUAGUUGCAAACACUGCCAAACACAUUUUGCUCUUGAGGAUGAUAUCAUUUCCAAGUCUUUCCAAUGCAGGCAUGGGAAAGCUUUUCUUUUUGACAAAGUUGUGAAUGUCACUGUUGGUGAGAAAGAAGAACGGAUGAUGAUCACCGGAUUGCACACUGUCGUUGACAUAUUCUGUGUUGUAUGUGGGUCCAUUGUUGGGUGGAGAUAUGAGGCUGCUCAUGAGAAGACUCAGAAGUACAAAGAAGGAAAGUUUAUCCUUGAAAGGUUUAAGGUGUUGGGACCUGAUGGCAGCCUCUACUUGGCAGCUCAAGCAGCUGGAAGUGAUGCUGAUGAUUAAUUUGCUCAUUCCAUGUUUGAAUUGUACAUUCUCCAUGCUUCCACUUUAUGAAAAUCUGCUAUCUUAGCUAUUAGAAAUGGUAGUAUAAUAGUAUAUUUGCAACUCAAAGAGCUUUGAAAGUUACAAUUUAUAUUUCAAUUCAGAGCCAACAUGUCCUUUCUCUGCGUCU